UCGGCCAAGGACUGCAGCGAUCACCAGCACACAAUAUGAGCAAACUACUAGCCGCAUCUACUGCCGUUGCUGCUAGUGCUUUCGUAAAACAGAGAGACGCCGAUGCGACCACAGAGCGUGUAGGAGUGAGCUAGAAAAAAAAAGAGAGGGAGAGAGAGAGAGAGAGAUAGCGAAAGAAUCACGUAAAAUCCUAAACCCAAGGACUGCGCUAGGGGCGCAGUUGUGCACGGCAUACAAAAACCGAUUGCGGUGACCACUGGCACGUCACAUCGCAACGGCUCGUGCGAAUGCGUGUGUGCUCGGUGCGCCUGGAACUGGAACAUCCUCCGAAUCGGAUCGCCCCUCGCUCUCUAUCUCUCUCUCUCGAGCACUCUAGCGCGCUCUGUUCUCGAUGCCCUAGAAAUCAAGAACUAGUCGGCUUCCUCUCGCUAUCAGUGCACACUUGUGUUUGUGUGUGUGUGUGUGUGUGUGUGUGUGUGUGUGUGUUUACUCUCGAGAGCCAACUCCAUCAACCCCCGCAAUGCCGCCAAACAAACAGAACAUGGCCACGAGCAGCAGAUGGUUCCGGAGCGCCGUGCGUGACCCGUGGUUGGUAGUGACGCUGUACACCAUUGCACUCUUGGUGCCAGUGGCCAUUGCCCAGCUCGAUGGUAGCUUCUGGUGGAUGAACGGCAACCUGCUGAAGCAGGCGGAAGCGCUACGCGAAACGAAGGACGUCAAGGCGGUGGUAGUCUCUAAGGAUUCACCGUUUGAAGAGGUGCGCGUCGGUGGCAACUCGCUGACUGACGGCGGUGACGCACCGGAUUGCAUCUGCGUACCGCUCGGUCGCUGCCGUACCGGGCUCGCUACACAGGAUGACGUAACAGUGAGGGAUGGAUUGUGCGGUGCCAACAGUGUGUGCUGCCGCCGGAACCAGAUUAUACCGCUGAACGUGACCGCCACGUCAACAACAACAACAACAACAACGACAGGGGCGACGACGGUGUACGAGCCUGCGGAUCGACUCAUUUUCGACAGUCAACCACCGUCAUCAGCAACCACACCCAAGGUCGUUGCCACCAAUGUAGGGCAGGCCACACCCGAGUUCGAUCCAGGGCUGCUGCUGGAGCUGUCAGCCCUGCUGCUGAACCACAGCGGUGGCCUCCCGGAACCACUGGAACCACUCGAUGGUAACAGCGUGGAACCGGCCGUCGUGAACGCCCCGAAGGAACCGACAUGUGGCGUCCGUCACCGGCAAGCCCUCUCUAGCCGGGUGUUCUUCCAGGAUGACGACGAUGCAGACGAUAGCGGUGCCACGGUCGAAUUGACUGGACCGGCCCACGGAAUGGCCAAUUUCGGUGAGUUCCCGUGGACCGUCGCCCUCUACCAGCUCAUCCGGAACGGUUCGUUCGUGUACCACUGCGGAGCAGCCCUGUUGGACGUUCGGACCCUCAUCACGGCCGCUCACUGCGUCUCGAAUAAUCGGUUGCAUCCGAGUCGGUAUGUGGUACAUGCCGGAGACUGGGAUCGGCGCCACACGCAGGAACGGCUACCACACCAGGAGCGCACCGUCAGCCGUAUCAUCGUGCACCCUAACUACUACUCCGGGGCGCUCUUCAACGAUCUGGCGCUGUUGCUGCUGGACCGACCGUUCGAUGGCAUACCGGCCAACAUCCAACCGGUCUGUUUGCCGACCGAACAAACCGCUGACUCCACCGACCUGCACGAUUGUCUCGUCACCGGCUGGGGCGGUACACCAAACAGUCGCUCCGUGCAGCCCAUCUUGCACUACACCAUGAUGCCACUGGUAGAACGAGAAACGUGCGAGACCGCACUUCGCCAGCAUGCGCCCUCGCUCGGUCGUCGGUUCCAGCUGCACCCGAGCGCGAUCUGUGCCGGUGGCAAUAGUAGCAGCACCAAAUUGCAGGCCGACACAUGCGAGGGAUCCGGUGGUAGCCCGUUGGUUUGCGCUGAUCGUCGCCACGGACGCUACGUCGUCGUCGGGCUCGUCUCGUGGGGAAUUGGCUGCGGGGAUGGUAUACCGGCCGUCCUCACCAACGUAGCCGCGCUCAGCAACUGGAUCCGGGCACAGUGGAGUCCGGUGCAAUAGGUGCAGGGGCCAGAUCGCUCAGACCACCAAAUUCGAAGCGCACGCCUAGAGUGUAGAGAGACUUAGUGAUUUGUUAGUGUUUGUUAAUUUCAUUGUAAUAUAUGCUCACCAAUCGACCCUA